CCCGAUGUGCCCCCGCCUGUGGCUGUCUUGGGACCGGCUCUCUCGGGACGCACGGAAACGGACUGCUCUGCAUUUGGCCUGCACCAACGGCCAUAUAGAAGUCGUGAAGCUCCUGAUAGAGCAGCAUUGUCAUAUCGAUGCCAUUGACAAUGUGAACAUGACACCGCUGAUGAAGGCCACUCAAUAUAACCAUGAGGAAUGUGCUGCGAUCCUACUACAUCACGGUGCUGACCCAAACCAUAUGGAUGAGAAUGGCAACACUGCCCUUCAUUAUGCUGCCUGUAAUGAGAACCUAAAAAUAGGCAAACAACUGCUUCUGCACAAUGCAGAUAUUGAAAGAAUAAAUAAGAACUUAAGAGAUCUUUAG